CUUGGCUUUAGAUAGUGUAAUUGGCUAUUUGUGAAAUGACAAUCUGAAAGACAGCUUCUUCAAGAAUGAUAAUGGCGUCAGUCUCACCUAAGUUUUUAUAACAAACUUUCACUAAUUAUACAAUAACAAAUUCAAAAUUACGACAAGAGGGCGUGGUUUCUUGGGGUCUCUUGUGGACAGAAGGCAACGGCAAUAAUUUCCAGCGGAAUACAAAUGGUCCGUUUGCGGAUAAAUGCCGUUAUCUUAUCUAACAGCAGUUAUUGAAAACUUUCAACCGUGUUCAAACAUGCAAAUUAUCUUUUCACGUCACUGAGAGGAAAGCUAUUGGGCGAUCCCGCCUUUUGAUAUAUGGUGCUUCAAUUUUACAAACACGGGACGAGACACACGGUGCAAGUGGCUUUACAGUGGAUAAGGAAGGUGACAUCAAACCAUCAUGGCGGUGCAGGAUCACUGUUUGGGAAGACAUUAAGAAUAUAUUGAAUGUGUAGUGUAUUGAUCAUAAACAAUGUGGAGUGCUACCAAAGUUCGAGCCCGAAUCACAGAAACUGACCCCGUUUUCAAAGCCAGGUACAUAGGAUGUGCGGAGACAUUUGUUGCUAGUGGCCAGGGAUGUACCACUGGACCAGUGCAGAAACUCUGGGACAAUGCCGGAAGUGAGAGAGAACUGAAAAAGGUAACCAUUACAAUUAAUACCAAUGGUAUAACAAUGAAGGAAUCAGAGAAGAAAAAGGACCAAGGCAAGUUUUAUCCUAUCGAGAAUAUUUCAUUUUGUAAUGCCGAUGUGGCUGUGAAUGAGAGGAUAUUUUGCUGGAUUUGCAAGGCGGCCGAUUCUCCUUCUCUGCAAGUGUACGCCGUGAUCUGUAGUACCAAGGAGGAGGCCAAAUCUAUGUCCCUCGUCAUGUCCAGGGCCUUCCAGAUCGCAUACAAAGAAUGGAAGACGAUGAAGAACCGAGAGGAAAGGGAAAGCAAAAAAGUCAAGACAAAGAACCAAACUCAGAAAGGACAACCAAUUUCUCUCAAAGAUUCGGCGUCGCAGGCGGAUUCGGAUUCCGUGCAUAGCAGCGAGUCCGGAUCAGCGCCGGAUUCACAGAAGUUGUGUAGGCGUGAUUCUGGAUGUCAAACAGAGACAGACGACUUGUCCAAUGGACUAAACAGUUCUCUAAAGAUCAAAGACUCAAGUCUGGACACAGUAUCAGAGAACAAAAUCAGUAAUAAAAACCCUGUAAAAACGGAAGUUGGAACGGUUCCUGAAGGGACUGAUGUGCAAUCGGCGGAACCGGAAGUGCUAUAUUAACAUCAUGAUAUUACUAACAACAGUAAUUCUAGUCUAAAUCUGUGAUAUUUUAAUAUUUCAUGCACUGGAUCCAGUUUUUAUUGAAUUGUUAUUUCGGUCCAUAAAAAGACUGAUAAUAUUAAGACGUAGAGAGUUUAUGCACCGAGAUCGGCUUUGAAUAUAUAGAUAUUAUGAUUUAUCUUAAGAACUUUUAAUGAUUGCACUUUGUACAUGUGUACAUGUAUGCCAAAUGUAGAAUUAAGACGCGUCUGGUGAUUGGUUUGUACAAUAAUUUGAAACCAUUACUUAACAAUAGCAUAAAGCGAUAAAAAAUGUUGAUGUA